AUGCAGGAACCGGAUUGGUCGUCCCUCCCUGCCGACCUCCUCGAGGACAUCGUGGACCUGCUGCCAUGGUCGAGUCGCCCGAGGUUCGCCGCCGUGUGCAAGCACUGGCGCUCCGCCGUGCUCCCUUUCUACCCGGCGUGGCUCGCCCCGUUCCUCCACAACGCCGCCGACGUCGGCUCCACCAACGUCCGGUACUACAGCCCCUACCACCACAAGAUGUUCGAGAUCAGCGACACGCUCGAGAGCCCCAACAGCGCCAAGAUCUGCUGCGCCAGGGGGCGCCACCUCACGCUGUGCCAGCGCACGGACUGGGAGAUCACGGUGGCUCACAUCGACCUCGUGACCGGCGCCAUCUGCGACCUGUACCCGCUGGAGCGAUACAGCUUCGACUUCGUCGUCUACGACGGCGGGAGCAGAAUGUUCGGCAUCAAAGCGACCGGCCUCCUCGAGGUCGCCAGCGCCAUCCGGUGCGACCGCGGCGGGUGGUACCCGUGGGAGUUCUCGGAGUUCAGCCCCGACGAGCCGAGGCUCACGGCGUCGCCGGUGACGAGCCCCGUCCUCCACCGUGGCUUGCUCUACCUGCUGGGCGUCGACGGAAGGCUGGCGGUGCACGACGACCGCCGGCACGAGGAAGGCCUCGUGGUUCUCGACAAGCCCGGAGGGUUCGGUCCCCCCGGCCGCGACUGCGGCGACGCCUGCUACCUGUUCGAGUCCGACGAGGGCGAGCUCAGGGCCGUGCUCGUGGGGCGCCGCGGCACGCCGGUGCGCGUCGUCAGGCUCGACGAGCGGGAGAUGGAGUGGGAGGAGGUGGAGAGCCUGGGAGGGCGGGCGCUGUUCACCGGCACGCCCGCUACGCUGAUGGUGGAGACCGGCGUCGAGUGGAUGCGGAACAGGAUCUUUGUCCCGAGGCUCCACAGCUGGCCGGAGACCAUCCACGCUGACCUCGUGGAGAGGGGAGGCGAACUGGCCUUUGUGCCUGCGUCCGCCGCGGCGGCGGCACGGGACGGUGGAGCAGGUGAGAAGGGCAUAUGGAGUUGCGGAUUGGAGCCGCAGCAGCAGUCGUCGGAGUUCUGGGAGACCAUAGAAUUUUUCCACGGUAUCUGGGUUAAUUUCAGGAAUUAA